AUGGCUGCAGCAAGUGCCAAAGGAGAAAAAUUGCCUAUGUUCGUGAUCGGAAAGUCGAAGAGUCCGCGAUGUUUUAAGAAUAUCAAGCAUCUUCCUACCCAGUAUACAUCGCAAAACAAGAGCUGGAUGAGCAGCGAAAUCUUCGAAGAGUGGGUACGUAAAGUCGACCGAAAAUUCCGGGUGGAUGGUCGAAAAAUUGCUCUCAUUAUCGACAACUGCCCUGCUCAUCCAACGUUGUCCAAUUUGACCAACGUGCAGCUUGUCUUUCUGCCACCAAAUACGACGUCUAUCUUGCAACCAAUGGACCAAGGUGUCAUUCGCAGCCUCAAAGCGUAUAAUCGCGGAAAGGUUGUACGUCUGAUUUCCAGAGCUCUCGAAGAAAAAAGCCUUGUCCAAAGAUAUCAGUUCUGCAAGGAAUGA